AGAUAAGAAAUAAUAUGAUAAUAUCUUUAAAAAAUUAUUGCGAAAUAUUCUGAUUCUUACAUUUAGACUUGGACUUUGCGGGAUACUUAUAUAACAACACUCAUACAUCAGAAAUUAUCUAUGUACGUAUUUGAGCGGAAAAAUGUAAAGCGGAAAGAUUUCUAUACCUUUGGGUGUGUCUUACUGAUUCUUGUUAAUGUCCUUGUCAUCGCGGCUCCUAAGAGCGACCUAAGCUCAAACAACCGAGACCACCUUGAAGUAUUAAGAGGGGCAUAUUGGCAUAUUAGAGAGAAGGCUAUAUAAAGAUCUUGUACACCGAGAACAGAUAAUCUUUGCACAUAUUUCGUUCAUUGUGUUUCUCCGAAAAAUGCAAGCAGUAACAUCAAUAAUAUGAAGUUUUUUGUUAUUUUGACUUUCAGUGGUUUAGUUGCAAUACACUGCUGUAGUGCAGCUGAAUCUCCGGAAUUAAAAUUACUUACAAAUCUAACGCCGGUAAAGGAGGAGCAGCGUGUAUAUUCAGAUAAUGCUCGUAAUCAUGGAGAUUUGAUUACAUCUGCAAGCGAUCGAACGUUUCAUAUAACUAAAGAUUAUGGGUCAAUUGGAGGAUAUCCAAUCGGUACUCAUCCGGGAAUCAUUGGAUCUGUUUAUCCUGGUACAUCAUAUCGUGGUAAUAACCUGAUUCCAGGAUAUAGAGGUUAUCAAUAUACUGGACCAGGUGGGCUUGUUGAUGGUAGUCAUAUUGGAUACGGAUUUUAUGGUAACGUAGGAAAUUAUCCUGGAUACAAUAAUCUUGCCGGUUAUGGAGGUUAUCGAGGAUAUGGAGGAUAUGGAGGAUAUGGAGGAUAUGGAGGUUAUGGAGGUUAUGGAGGUUACGGAGGAUAUGGAAGUUAUGGAGAUCAUGGAAUAAGAGGAUAUAACCUUGGAGGUUACGGAGGUCUUACCAAUUAUGGUAUUAGAGAUUAUGACGAUAAUUACUUGGGAUAUGGUUACAACCGUUAUGAUGGAUAUGAUGGAAGAGGAUAUGGUACAACAUACGCAGCAAGGAGUCCAUAUAAUCCAUAUAGUUAUCGUAGUGAUAGUUAUGGCACUUCCCUUGGUAAUCCAUCUGGUUAUCGUGGUUAUUCAUGAAUAUAACAUCAUAUAUAUGUAUUUCUACAUAGUAUUUGCAAAUAUUAUAAUUAAAAAUGUCAAAAUUAAUACGCUUGUGUUAAUAC